AUGAGCGAACCGAAGAAUGGAGCCCCCAAGAGGAUGAACAAUUAUCAGAAGAACAAGGAGAGGAUCAAGAGACUCAAGUUAGAGGGGGAGAAGAGACGCGCCGAGACGGGAGAAACACGCGAAAUAUUUGAAAAAUGCGAAAAAUACGUAACCCAUGAGAGGGGCGAGUCUGCCCCGAGUGGGAGAUCCCCCAAUUUGAAAAAGUACGCCCUGUGUAUUGGGUACGUGGGCACCAGGUACCAUGGGUGCCAAGGGCAGGGAAAAGACUGCAUGACCAUCGAAAACGAGAUCGAGAGGACCCUGAUAAAGAUGAACGCCGUGGGACAGCGGGGUGGCUGCAGGAAGGAUUUCAAUUUUUGCCAGUCGCGCUCUGCCAGGACGGACCUGGGGGUGCACGCCUUAUACAACGUAUUUGUGUACCAGGUGGACUUGGGCUGUGGGCAAGUGGGUGACGCAGCUGGGGGUGGCAACGCGGCAGGUGUUGCCCCCAAUGCAGACGCCACUACCCGGGAGGUUGCCACGAACAAUGCUACCACGAACAAUGCUACCACGAACAAUGCUACCACGAACAAUGCUACCACGAACAAUGCUACCACCGACGGUGCCACCCUAUCGGAACGGAAAGAAAAGGAGAAAAAGUUUGUGCAGCUGCUGAACGAGCACCUGCCCGAAGACAUACGCUGCUUUGAUAUGCACAGGGUGACGAAGAGCUUCGAUGCAAGGAAGUUCUGCUCGUUCCGAUUAUAUGAGUACCUCUUUCCUGUGUAUGUUCUAAGUGAGGUGACUGUGCGGGAUGAGUACAGGGAUGUGUUUGAUGAGGCGUUGGGUGUGAUCGACCGGCGCGUGGAUGAGCUUAAGAGGAGGAAGGGCAAAGGGGGGGGCCCAAAUGAAGUAGCUAAGCAGGAGGGUAAAGAUGAAGUGGCUGAAAAGAACGGUGGGGAUGACGUGGCUGAACAGAAGGGUGAACACGAACCGGCUGAGCAGAAGGAUGAAAAUGAAGUAGCUAAGCAAAACUGUGUGGAUGACGCGGUAAGACAAAUUAGCUGGGAAGACGUCCUCACCGUGAAGGAACAAAAAGAAGACCUGACGGAAGAAGAACUUAACGCCUUCUUUGAAAUCGUGCAAAGUUACGCAGGGUACCACAACUUUCACUGCUUUACAAAAAACAAAGUAGACCAAACGACCUUCCGGUUUAUCAAGUACUUAGAUGUAAGUACAGUCAACCUGUACAACUACAAUUUCGUGUCGGUGAAAAUUUUAGGUCAGUCUUUUCUAAUGCACCAAAUAAGAAAAAUGUUAACCUUGUCUGUGGAAACCUUUCGAAAAGCUACUUCUGUAAACUCCAUUUAUUACUGUCUGAAGUCGGGGGAUUAUGUGCCCAUUUCUUUGUUCCCCGCUGAGGGGCUGAUGCUCAUUUGCCCCUAUUUCAAUGCGUACAACGAGAAGGUGUGCAACCCCCCACAGAGCCCCCCAAUUUGCUUCGAGGAGACCGAGGAGGUUCUGAAGUUCAAGCGGGAUGUGGUCGCCAAGUGCAUCAUCGAAAGGAUGCGAAGUAACGUGUGGAAGGACUGGAUGCUGAAGAUGAACAAGCGCCCUUUUGUGUACCAUUUCAUGAGGGACAAGCUUGGCGAUGCGAAGCCAAGCUGUGAGCGGACCGACCAAAUAUGA